AAGCGGCUAAAAGGAAUUGAAAAGCGCGCUCCUCUUUUCACUUUCAGUUUCACAUUCUUUUAUCGAUCACUUUCACUUUAACUAUAGCUUAAAAAAAUACUGCUUGUUUAUUGCUUUCGUGAAACCUCCACCACUAUCAUAACUUCAGCUGCUGACUCACCGCCGCACCACCGAUUGCCGCACAACUUCUGAGCGCCGCACCACUCCUCUGAGGUUGAUGUCGAAAAAGAGAAAGCAAGCAAGUGCUAAUGAGGCCUCUGAAACUGGCGAGGCUGAAGAAUCUGCUGAGUGUGAGAAUCGAAGGGGUCGUACAAUUGCUGUAGUAGUUGGAAAAGCAAUUCUGAGUGGCGUCAAAAUCCCCUUGGAAUGGAAUCACAAAGUGCCAAUUGGGGAAAAUAGAUAUAUCUUUUCAUCAUACAUUGGUGUAGUUGUUUGUGAAAGAGUGAAUAUAAAUUAUCGCGACUGGGAGGAAGUUCCGAAAGAAGUUAUUGAUGACCUCUAUAAAUUCAUUACGAGAGGAUUUAUAGUGCCGGAAGAACGUAGAAAUUAUGUAUUAGGGAGAGCUUCAAUCCGGUGGAGAGCUUUCAAGGCCAGAUUAAGAAAGGAUUGGAUGUACGACACCAAGGGAGUAAAUCCAAAUGUGAUAAUAAAGAAGCCACCUUCGAUAUAUCCAUUAAUAACACAAGCUGAUUGGACCAAGUUCAUUGAAACAUAUACUGAUGAUGCGUUUAAGGAACUAAGUGACAAGAAUCGAAAGAGGGCGAAAAUGAAUACUUCAAGAUAUCGAGGAGGUCAAAAAGGGCACUUGUAUUAUGAACAAGAGAUUGCUGCUGAACUUCAGAAACAAGGAGUGCAAGUUAGAGACGUGCCUCGACAUUUGGUUUGGAUAAGAGCUCAUUCCAAACAAAAAGAUGGUGCAAUGACCUUUGACAAUCCUGCUGAUUUUGAAAUAGCUCAAACAAUUAAAUCAUUGGAGGCUCAACAAAUCCAAGGAGAAAUUGAGGCCACUGGCCGGAAUGUUAUCCUAGCGAGAGCAUUAAAGAAUCCUAAACAUGGUGGUUGUGUUAGGGGCGUUGGGUCGGGUGUUACAAAUAAGAUGUACUUUGGCUACAACAAACCAUUACCACAAAGUCAAUUACAAUCAAAUCUUAAGUGUCUCAAAUCAAAAUUAGAAAAUGUGGUUAACACACAAAAUUUGUUAUUGUCUUACUUAAUGUCAAGUGGUCAGGUUAACGUGGAGCAAUUGAAAGAACUUGGUGAUUCAAAUGGAAACCAAGUUGCCCACCAGUUAGCGGGUAUCCAAGCUGGUGGAUCUGGUGGCCAAGGUUUAGAUGGCCUUGUCUUGGGUCGUGACAGUUGGCUUCAAGGUCUUGGCUUCCAACUUGCCUCAGAGCAAAACAAAGUUACCCAUCAGUUAGCAAGUGUCCAAAAGGGUGGUUCUGGUGGUGAAGAGUUAGAUGAUCAUUUAGAUGUCUUUGGCUCCAAAGGUGACCAAGGGGUUCGAGGUUUCAACUUCCAAGAGCAGAAUGUUCAAGCGUUUGAGGUUCAACCCGAGCCAUACCAUGUUGCGUGGCAUGAGAAGGAAUAUGUGCCAGAAAAUGAGAAUUUGGAAACGCAUGUACUCAAUAAUGAACAAGACAUUACUGGCCAACCAUUUCCAAAGGCUGAUAAGCAAGUCCCUAAAGAAAUCACUGCACCAUCUCCACACUCGCCAUCAUCACAAUCAUCAUGCACUCGAAAGUACACAAUAACUCAUGCUGAUAAGUUGAAGUUGACUUCUAAUUUGGUUUGAGUAUUUAAGGAUGUGGCUAUUGCAAUGAAAACGAGCGGUAAAACUAAAUCUUUUACAGUUUUGGCUAGAGUGUUUCAAAAUGAGCAAUGUGUUACCCUUGAUUAUGAAGACAUGCUUGACUGGUGCUUCCAAAGAGAGAUAAAUUGUCACACAUGUCAAUUUUAAUGAUGUAUAUGAGUGAGAUUGUUCAUAUAGAAGGUAUCUCAGGGUUGUAUGGAUUUUGUGAUUGCAACUAUCUAUCCCCGUAUGCUCCAACGGUAGAAAAAGACGAUGAUCGAUGUGACUAUCUAGCUAGGCUAUUUUCAUGUAAUGAUGCCAAAAACAAAAAUCAGCUCUUCUUUGCCCCGUUUUAUGAGGAGGAAAUGAUCAAUUUUAGCGCGGAACAUCGAAAGGAUAUCACAAAAAUAAAGAAGAAACCUUACAUUAAAUGGAUAAGCAUAGAGUGUCCUCGUCAAGCUAAUGGCUCUAGUGAUAGUGGAUAUUACGUUUGUCGCUACAUGAUUGAGACAGUUGAAUCUAGGCAAAUGAUCAUCCCCGACAAGGUACGACAUUUAGUUUUAAUCUAUUUUAAGUAGCUGAUGCACACAUCUGACUAUACUCUCUAAAAUUUGUAGUUUUUGCACAAUUAUCACUACAAGAAAAAGGUGAAUUAGCAACUGAUUUUGCGACUACCAUAAUAAUUAGUUGCAAAAAUAAUUUUAGCGUCUGAAUAAGACAAGUAGUCGCAAAUUUUGCAACCGAAUUUGUAGUAGUUGUUAUGCGGUCGUUAAUUAGCAACUAAUUUUUGCAACUACAAUAAUAAUCAUUUGUAAAAUAUAUUUUUGCGACUGAAAAAAACGAGUUGUCGCAAAAUUUGCAACCGAAUUUAUAAUAGUUGCUAUGCGGUUGCUAAUCUACGACGCUCUUAUAAUAAUUUGCAACUAACACGGUAGUCGCUACUAUUAUUUUUAAUAUUUAUUAAAAAGAAAUAAUAAUAAAAAACCCUUAGUAUAAUAAAAAAAACCCUUAUUCCUCCAAAAUAAAAAAAAAAACAAGUUAUUGCCGCCAAAAAACAAGAAUUAUCAUCCGUAUUCACCGUAAAAAAAAGAGUAUCAUACUCUUCCUCAAAAAAAAAAAAAGUUUAGAACCUCAAAGCAAGCCAGCCAUCACCGUCGUCUUCCUCUGCUGCUGUUGCGCCACCACCACUUCACCCAGUUAGGAUCAUGGAGAAACUGAAUCGAAAAUGGAUGUAUGAGAGAUUAGAAGGUCGACUACUAAGAAAGGAGUUCACAAUUGGCGUGCGAGGGUUUAUUGAUUUUGCUAAACAACACCGUUAUUUUCAAGAAUCUUCAAAGAUCAGAUGCCCUUGUUCAAAGUAAUCUUUCAUUUCGUACAUAUACUUGGAGACCUGAGUUCGAUGCUAAGGCUAGGAGAGAAUUUGAUAAAAAAGCUGGGGACUGACUUAGGGGCACAUUGAACUAAGUUUACAAAAUGGCUCUCCAUAAACAAGUUAGUUUCAUGACUGACACUGUUCGAGCUGAAUUCAUAAAUAAGCGUAAGCAUUUUGAUUUUGUAAAACGUUCUAACCAAGCAAGUAACCGACCAAACAUUAGAGAAGUUUGACCCUGGCCAUCGCCAAGGUAGCGUAUAUACUCCUUAAGUGGUUAAAAAAAAUGGCAAAGAAAAAGGAUGGAAUUUUACCAACUGCUGCUGAAGUCUAUGAGAGCACUCAUUCUGUUUGUGUGGGCAAUGAUGAAGUUGAAUUGAUGGGUGACAAGUCUCAAAAAGUCAUGGGAGAAUAUAUGGAAAAACUUGAGGAAUAUAAGAACAAAGGAAUUGAGAUAAACCCCGACAAAGUCUACUUGGAGGUUGUAGGUGGUCAAAAGAAAGGAAAAGUAUACGGUUUAGGGAAUGCUUCACAAAUGUAUUACAAGAGCGAUCCUACUUCUCAAUCUACUGCAUCAUCUUCCACUCCUUCCAUGAUUUCUCAAUUAAGUUCUCAAGUUGAAGAACGAAAGAAGAUGGCAGAAGAAAACAAUAACAAGGUGGAGGAAAGCCAAAAAAAUAGCGGCAGAGAGCUUAAAAUGUGCUAAGGAAUUCGUCGAAAAUCAUGAGAUCGAAAAAGCUACAUGGAAGAAGGAAAAAUUAGCUAUGCAAAAAACAUUGCAGGAAAUGGCAUCACUUGUAAAACAAGUUUACCGUCCUUAUAAGCCUCCUACGCCUGCAGUCACCCGCUCUCGUGAUACAACUAAAUGAUUUUUAUUUCUUUGGUGGUAAUUUUACGAACAACUGGUCUUUUACAUUGUCAUUAGUUCUUAUUUGAAGCAGCUUUUUUUAUAUGGGAAGUGACUUUUGGAACAAUUAGUCAUAUGAGUUAAAUAUUGUUUUUUAAUACAUUGAUACAAAAUUGAUUAUAUUUUGGAUAUUUGAAUAAAAUUAACAUUUUGGUUAUUUGAAUUUA